AUGUACCUGACCCUCCUGUGUGCCGCGUCCUUGCUCGGCAUUGUCAGUCCUGCUCCCCUCUCUGCUCCUGCAUCGAACCAAGUGUUUGCUCUGGGCGCUGCCAACCAUCCAACCGACAUCAACGAUGGCGCUGGUGCGGGAAGUGACAUCUACAGAACCUAUUCUGGCGACGGCUCAGCGUCAGCUGGCUGGCCGGAGAUGGCGCAAUGGGUUUCGUUUGAAGACAUGUUCAACGCGAAUAAAAACUUCAUGCGGGUGUCGUGUGUCAACCUAGGAUCAGAUAAUGGGCCUGACAACAGCGACGAAGAAAUCGACCAAAUCUGGGACGCAGUGCAGUCCGCUUCAUCCCAAACCAACGUGGACCACCGCUUCAUCCUGGCAAUCCUCCUUCAAGAAUCCAAUGGCUGCGUUCGCGUCCGAACAACUGACAACGGUGUACCCAAUCCAGGUCUGAUGCAAGCUCACAACGGCGGCUUCUCUUGCAAUACGAAUGGAAACAUCCAGACUCCGUGUCCUGCCUCUGAGAUCACUGGCAUGGUCCUUGAUGGUACCGCUGGAACCUUAACCGGGGAUGGCCUCGCUGGCAUCCUGAAUCAAGGAGCGGGCAAGGACGCGAAGGCAUACUAUCGGACUGCCCGACAAUACAAUACCGGGUCAAUCGCAGAGAGCGGUAAUCUGGACGAGGGCGGAUACUCAACAAGCUGCUACGCCAGUGACAUUGCAAAUCGAUUGACAGGCUGGGUUUGGGCAGUAUCGAACUGUGCUCUCUGA